AUGUAUCGUUUCGAAAAUUUGCGCGAUGAAAGCUGCGCCGUAGAAUCCGCAGAAAUAUGCUCGUUUCCUGCGUAUCGGUCUGUGGAAUGGUUGGAAAACCACCGCCUAAUGCCUGCACCUCACGGUUGCUUAGACCACCUUACCAUUAAUCCCCAAUCGUUAUCCAAUUAUGCACACAUACGGGCGUAUGAGGUAAAGGCGAAUGCAGUUCGUACGGAAAUUCGCAACGCUCUCUUCCGACAGGCUCUCUUCAAGAUUCAAAACAUUGAAGUACUUGCUGAUAACAAAUGUAAAAAGGAUCGCAUUCUUCGCCAAAUUAUAAAGAAGGCUCAACCGUGGUUCGCUUGCAGCAUUCUGAAGAACAAAUCAAUUAUUUCUGAAGACAUUUGGCAAAUUGAUAGGUGUGGCUCGGUACAAAACUAUUCGGUGAGUAUACGAGAGGUGUGCGGAUAUAUAGCGUCAGGUGCGAUACUACCGCGAAGGGGAGGACGGAUUUCGCUGCAAAGUGUAUCCGAUGAGUCUAAAAAAUUUAUACAACCUUUUGAGAUAUUACUUGUCAAUGUGAAGAUACCACACGAUUCUAAAAAGACGUGCCUUUCAUUGGACCCCAGCUAA